AUGUUUAAAUUAUAUUGGGUUAAACAGAGUUCAUAUGCCCGAAAAUUGGCAGAGAUGGAUCGUCCAUUACCAAAACAUUUAAAAGAAGAUCCAUUGAUAAAUCGAGUGUCGGUGUUGGGAUAUGAGGUGAAUGCGAGGGAUAUUAUGGUGAAGUUAUGUGAUGCUGGGAUUGAACUUGGACCGCAUCUGAUGGAGGUUCGGAUAUUUAUUGCGAAAGAUGGUAGACCUGAGAAGGCGAUGACUAAGAAGGAGGAAAAGAGGCGAAGGAUGGAGGAAUUGGAGAGGCUUAAGAAGGAGCAAGAGGAGGAGAAGAAGAAGAUUGAGGGAGAUGGAAAAGUUGAAGUGGAGGGGGAUAAAAAGAUUGAAGAGAUAGAGAAGGACUCUGGUGGACAGAAUAAGAUAGAGGAACUACCUGAAGAUAAAGAUUCGGAUGAAAAGAAGGGUAAACCAGUCCAAUCUCAAGGUUCUGAACAAGCGGAGGACAAAAGUAAAGCACCUACAAACAAUGAACACGAAUCUGAAACACAAAAGAGUGAAGAUACUAAGAAGGAAGAGCAAGAGAAGACUAACGACAAUAGCAAUAACGAACACCAGGAGAAAUCUGAAAGCAAUACUAAGGUCUCAACUGAUAAGGAUGAAAACCAAACGGAAGCUGUAAGCGAAAAUGCUGAAGGUGAGAAAAGUAAAGAAGAAGAGCAAUCAUCAAAGGAAGAUCACACACAAGAUACUAAGGAUGAGGAAGAAAAGUAUCCAGAAACAGUUCAUAAAGAUGAUGCAGAUUCAAAGAAAGCCGAUAACGAUACAACUUCAGCAGAGAACGACGAUAAUGGAAAUAUCGACCCUUCAAUAAAGACAAUCCAAGAACAGAAAACACCAACCAAGAGUCCUAAGAAACCGAAGAAAACUUCUAAAUCAGCCCCGACACCCUCGCAGUCAAAAGAAGGACUGUCUAGCGAAUCAUCCAAAAACGACAUGAGUUCCGCUGAGAACAGAAUCAUGAUUGCCAAUUUGAAUCGAAUUGCAUUAGAAGACCCAUCGUUGAAUGAAUUAAUGAAAACUGUUGCUCGUGGAGGUGCUUCUGCUCAAGAAAUUGCCAAAUUCCAAAAAUAUAUCCAAAGAGCCAGAGAAAUGGGUCCUGCCCCAGGUACCGCGGGUUCAUCUCCAUCGCCAUCUCCAUCCGCCGCAACUGCGAAGAAGACACCUACUCCUAAAAAGCCCCCAAAGGAAAAGAAACCUCCUAAAGAGAAGAAACCUCCCAAGGAACCUAAAGAAAAGAAACCACCAAAAGAGAAAAAACCAAAGGAAAAGAAACCCAAGGUUCUUAAAUCACAAAUCCCCAAAAAUGAGAAGCUAACUGCAUUUCAAGAAAGAUAUUUGCUAAAUGCGACAUUGCUAUUUGAAUUUGUUGAGAAUUCAAAUACGAGAUUCCAGAUACCUAAAGAUGCGAUCUGUGAAGUGAUGCCUCCUGAGACUAUGAUGAAUGCUGAAGAGGGUGAUAAUUCAGAUAAUAGGGAUAUUUUGAUUAGCUUCAUUUGGUUGCAUAAUCAGAAAGAAGUUGAUGUGUAUGAAGCGAAACUUGCUGAAUAUAAUAGAAAAAUUAAGGAGCAGGAGGAUAAAAAGAAAGCUGAGGAAGAUGGAAUAAAGAGAUUGGAAGAAGAAGAGGAACGGAAAAAGGAAGAAGAGAAGAAGCAAGCGGAGCAGUCAAUUGGAACUGCAGAAGAGGGAACAAAGGACAACGAAAACGUGGAAAGCCAAAAGCAGGCAGGCGAUGCCGACCUGAACCAAGAACAGCCUAGCGUUACUGAAUCCGAAUCAACCAUCAAAGAAGAAGAACCUGAUACAAGCAUCAAAACUGAAGAAACCAAUACGGCUGAUAUUGAACAAGACGCAGCCGAAGUGGAGGCACCAGCGAAGAGAAGGGGUCCAAUCAGACGUGGUGGCCGUAAGAAAAGACGUGCGCCUCCAAGACGUGCCGCUCCAGUACCGAAAGCUCUCAAAAAGCUCGAACCACCAACAGAACCAGAAUAUAAAUUCACCCCCUUUUCAUUCACCAUCAGAGGAAUACCUUCUCGAUUUGUACCUAUUUUCACGAAUAGUGUCAAACCAUUAGAAGAAGUCCAGAAGAAGAUGGAACAUAUAUUAAAAUCCGGAACUAGAAUACCGUCGUUUUAUUUAUGGUACCAACUUGAUGGGAAAUUGGAUGAGGAACUUGCUGAAGAUAUUAGGGUGCAGUUGAAUCAAGAGGAGAAGAAAAUGACGGGGAUUCCUUCUGUGCAACCGGAGAAGGCUCCAAGUCAGGCCAAGAAGAGAAAAGUUAAGGAAACUUCUGAAGGAAAGAAGAAGAUCAAGGUUGAGGAAAAGACUGACGGGGUCGAAGCGACGGAAAAGACUUCGGAGCGUGAAACUCUCCUGACUGGUGGAGAAGCAGAAAAGCCUAUAAGUAAGGAAAAUGAAAACCAAACUACUGUGGAUGGCAAAGGAACGGAAGAGCCUACUGGUGUAGAUGUUAAGGACAAUGGCGAAAUCCCCAACGGCGAAGAGGAUGGUGAAGCACAAAUCGGAGAUACAGUUGAGGUUAAGAAGGAGCCUGAUUCAGAACAGGUUAUUGAAUCAGCAAAAGUUGUAGCGGAUGAUUCCGUGGAAAUUUCCCAACAAGAUAGGGAAGAGAUAGAAUAG